CCCCCCUCCCCUGUAUUUCAACAACAUUGUAGUUAAGUUGUGCGCCCCGCCGACCGCCCACAACCAUCUUUUCCGAGAGAGCGCUCAGAACAUGGUGGAGCUGCUGGCGAACGCAGCGCCAGGGUAAGCGCCAACCAGAACCGGCUCUCACCGCCGUUCCCGUCAACGGGGAGGAGAACCGAGAGCGAACGGAAGAGCACGCGACGCGACACAGCCUGGCACGAGCCCGCCCGUGGAAAAGAGCGCACUUGAACGGAGUUUUGGAGGAGCGCUAAACGGACAAAGUGGGGAUUAAAGAGGCGGAUAACGCUGGAGCGUCGGCGUGGGGUUUUAAGCGAAGGAGAGCGAGAGCUCGAUCUUUCUCUGAACUCCACGAGUGUUGGAGUGCCAGCACGAUCAAACGACUCGAGGCCUGGGGGAGGAAAAACACCCUAAACUUUCGCCUUCGUUUUGAACACUUUUUGCAUUGAAAUGAUUUGAGAUCGCCUCCGAGCGAGCGUUUAAAAGGGAUUACACGCAAGCAAGGAUAUGCUUUGCCUCAGCACACUUUGACUUGUCAGAGUGCCUCGAUGUCAUCAGUGUUUUCUUCUUCUUCUUCUUGGAAGUUAAAAUAUUUGGUGUUACUCGUCUUCUGAAGUUUGGCAGACGCGCACGGACGCGUCGCACUCUCGCGCGAGCGGCUGAUGUCAUUCGGAGUUGUCACGACGUCGGCGUGAGCUUGGAAGUGUUUUAACGCGCUUUGAAAGCUGGAGUACUCACGGUUGACAUCCGGAGUGGGUGUUCAGGAAAGGACGGGGCUCCUCCAUGGGAAUAGGCCGUCUUCUGACCCUCGGCGGGGCAGGCAGUAACGGGAUCUGCCUCGACUUUUGACGGAAAAACACGGGCAGCUUUUACGCCUCACCGCCUCGGGCGUUUAUCCCCUAGGUUCAAGCAAUUUAAUGUCGAUUCUCGCUUCUUCGUGAUGCCAGAGCCCACGGGGAUACGAUUUUGAAUACAUUUGUACGUAUAAAUAGAACACGGUGGCGCGUGUGAAAAAGUUUUCCCUCAGAAACUGGCGCCCUUUUUUCUUUUUUUCUUUUUUUAAAGCUAAUACUCUUUCGACAGACAGCAACAGUUACAGACGUUUGCUGACAUGAAACCGACAUCGCACCGAAACCGAGUACAAGAAAUGUGUAAAAUCUGGCAUUCGGAAAUAUGAAAUAUAAACUUGCAUUACCUUUGCAUGUCGUUUGGAAAGGCAAAGUAAAUUCAAACAUUGUCGAGCAUUGGCGAGGGUGUUUGAGGGACAGUGUCGACUGGAUUAAGAAACUAAUUUAGAAGCGUUUCAGUACACUAACCACCCUUUAUUUUUAUUAUUAUUAUUUUAUCAUAAGUACUUGCACCCGUCCUGUUGAAUUCAAAUGAUGUGCUCUAAAAGGCAGGAUCUAGCGGAUGACAGUGCCUCAGUCUUGUCCACGCGCAAAAGUACACACGUGCGCGUUCACGCGCCACUGAGCCACAGAAUAUAAUGGAAUCCGAGUGCUGACGUAAUCUCAGCACGGAUAAGAAACUGCUCAAGAGUCCAAGACAGUCCAUCCUCGUAGUGAAUGCACUUGGAAUUUACUCCCGGCUGGACUCACAAACAGACUGCGCUUUUUGUACUCGCACCAAUCCAUGUCAAGUGCCACUUCAUCUGUACUGUCGGCAGUAGGUGAUAUGUGAUAAUUAAAAGUCAACUGUUGUCAUCUCGCCAUGGCAUUGCCUGAGCAGCACCGGCCACUGCAUAAGACGGAGGUGAGGUGCGCUAGUGAAGGGGGAGCUGUUACGGUGCGGAUAACCAACAGCCACAAUCAACAGGUGGUUCCAGACCAAGAGGGCAACCCUCCAGACAUGGCCUCCUCCAAACCUUGCAAAUACAGUAUCUCGUCAAGCUGCAGCUCGGGGGAGUUGGGCGUUCCCAGGGCUAUGAUGACUCUCCUGAGCAGCCCGAGGAGAGUACCGCCUCUGUUCGAGAGGUCUGCCGCGCAGUGCUGGGAUCCCAAGUUUGACUCUGCCAUCCUGGAGGAGGCGGGUAGGGAACGCUGCUUCCCCCAAAUGCAGAGGAGAUUUCGCUACAUCCUAUUUUACCUGGCCACCGCCGCGCUCCUGUGGGGGAUAUACUUUGGGAUCAACAGCGCCAGGUGUGACCCUACAGACUUCCUGGUCCCCACAGCAGGGUUUCUCAUACUGUCUCUCCUCCUCCUCUGGUUGACAUUCUCAAGGCUGUAUGCGCGUUUCUACAUCCACACGUCCUUUCUGCUUACAAUGGUCUUGUUUGGGAUCACCUUGGCGCCUCAAACGCAAACUGCUCAGUUUGCCUAUAUUGAUGUCCGAGGCAAUCAGUCGCUACAAGCAGCGUCUCCUAACGCUCCAUGUAUAUCACCCGUUGGGACAUUCUCACUUUGUAUCGAAGUGCUGCUUUUGUUGUACAGUGUGUUGCAUUUGCCCCUGUAUGUUUCGGUGCUCCUCGGCCUGCUGUAUUCUGUCCUCUAUGAGGCUUUAGGCUGGCUGAACCUUGCCCAGAUGGACAAUAGCUACGUAGUCUCAGACUUGAGCUGGCUUGCCCCGGGUAAAAUCCUGCUUCACCUGUGCGCGCAUAUCAUUGGCAUUCACAUAUUCAUUAUGUCCGAAGUGCGCUCUCGGAGUACCUUUCUCAAGGUAGGUCAGGCAAUCAUGCACGGGAAGGACCUGGAGGUGGAGAAGGCUCUGAAGGAGCGCAUGAUCCACUCCGUGAUGCCGCGGGUGGUGGCGGACGAGCUCAUGAAGCAAGGAGACGAGGAAAGCGAGAGCUCUGGGAAACGAUACAGCGCAGGUGCCUGCUCCGUCGCCGCCGUGUCCGCCGUGACCUCUUCCAGUCCCAAAAGCAACAAGCGCAAGAAGAACUCUAUCCCUCGUGGGCAAAUCAUUUUCAGGCCCUUCAACAUGAAGCGCAUGGAGCCGGUGAGCAUCCUCUUUGCAGACAUCGUCGGAUUCACCAAAAUGAGUGCCAACAAGUCCGCCCCGGCAUUGGUAGGACUGCUAAACGACCUCUUCGGUCGAUUUGACCGCCUGUGUGAGUUGACCCGCUGCGAGAAGAUCAGCACUCUCGGGGAUUGCUACUAUUGUGUGGCGGGCUGCCCCGAGCCACGGGCCGAUCAUGCCUACUGCUGCGUGGAAAUGGGGCUCGGGAUGAUCCAGGCCAUCGAGCAGUUCUGCCAGGAAAUGUCGGAGACCGUGGACAUGCGCGUCGGCGUGCACACCGGCACCGUGCUCUGCGGUAUCCUGGGAAUGAAACGCUUUAAGUUUGACGUUUGGUCUAAUGAUGUCAACCUGGCCAACCUCAUGGAGCAGCUGGGCGUGGCGGGAAAGGUGCACUUGUCGGAGGUCACGGCAAGUUUUUUGGAUGACCGUUACGAGAGGGAGGACGGGCGAGUGAUUGAACGUGUCGGGCACAAUGUUACUGAUCAGCUCAAAGGUUUAAAGACGUAUCUGAUCUCUGGACAGAAGAUGGGUUCUCAGUGUGGCUGUUCCCAGCUCAGUUUGAGUCUGUCCUCAAACACACACACUCCUGAUCUCACACACUGCGCCGUCGCCGAACCCGUCUCACAUGGCAAGCCUGUGUGCACAUCCUGUAGCAUCUCCGUAGAUGUCAUUGACAAUCCCAUAGCAGAUGAAGCAACUCGAAAUGGCUGCCAGGAUGAACACCGAGCCAACAGCAGCAAGUUUCCUGCAGGUCGUAGCCCCAAGACCCUGAACGGUCUGUUGAGUCCUCAGUCUGAGGAGCGGGUGCGAGUCAGCCAAUCGUCUCUGUGUGACAAACUCCAGGAGAAGGACCGGAGCUGGGUGGGAAGUCUGGCUGCAGAAGGAGGCAGCGCCUGCGGCAUGGACCACUCAGCCAUCCUCCCGCUGCGAUCCAAGAACUUUCGGGAGAAAAGCGACGUGCACUUUGUGGAGGUGAUAAAGGAAGACAGUCUGAUGAAGGAUUACUUCUUCAAGCCGCCCAUUAACAAACUGAGUCUGAACUUCCUGGAAACAUCUCUGGAGUCGGCUUAUCGCACCAGCUACCAUGAGCAGGUGGUGAAUCAGGUGCCAGUCAAGACGUUUGCCAGUCCAGUCUUCAGCUCGCUGCUCGAUGUUUUUCUGUCUUGUGCUGUAUUUUUCGCCCUGACCGUUGCCUGCUUCCUGUAUCCCCUUGUCACCAUGGAGACGCCCCUGGCAACCACACUGGGUCUGGCGAUCACAGCCGCUCUGCUGGAGAUGGUCUCUCUCGUUUUGUCUUUUCGCAUGGUGUUUUGUCAGGAUGAUGUACAGAACUGCACUCGGUCUCUGUUAAAGCUGGUGUCUGGCUGGCUCCCGCGUCAUGUGAUCGGGGCUGUGCUCGUGUCACUUCCUGCUGUGUCCGUCUUCUCCCACCUGGCUUAUAGCAUGCAGCUGCCCAUCCAGGUGCCCAUGUUCCUGUGCUGUGCUCUUAUUAUUGCUAUUAUCCAGUACUGUAACUUCUGCCAGCUGAGUUUCUGGAUGCGCUCUGCUCUGGCCACUGUAGCUGGUCUGUCUUUACUCAUCCUGCUCUACAGCGCCACCACCAUGCCCAGUGCCACUGACAGAUUUCCAACAUCUGGGAACAUGAGUAACCAGAGUGCCGAAGUAGAUCAGUCCAGUGUGCCCAAAGCGCUCGACCUACUCGUCCCAGAGACUGUGCUCUCCUUCUUCCUCCUGCUGCUGCUGGUCUGGUUCCUCAACCGGGAAUUUGAGGUCAGCUACCGUCUGCAUUACCAUGGAAAUGUGGAGGCUGACAAGCAUCGCAUCAAGAUCCAGACCAUGCGAGAUCAAGCAGACUGGCUGCUGCGUAACAUCAUCCCCAUCCAUGUUGCCGAGCAGUUAAAGGUGAACCAGAGUUACUCUAAAAAUCACGACAAUGUCGGGGUCAUAUUUGCAAGUAUCGUCAACUUCAGCGAAUUCUACGAAGAGAGCUACGAGGGUGGGAAAGAAUGCUACCGAGUCCUUAACGAACUCAUCGGAGACUUCGACGAACUUUUGCGCAAGCCUGCGUUUUCGAAUGUAGAGAAGAUUAAAACCAUUGGCGCCACCUACAUGGCGGCGUCUGGAUUAAACGGGCAGCAGUGUGAAGAGCAGCCGGAUCCACACGCCCACCUACGUGCCCUCUUUGACUUCGCCCUUGAAAUGAUGCGCGUGGUGGAUGAUUUUAACAAGAACAUGCUGGGUUUCAAGUUCAAGCUGAGAAUUGGCUUCAACCACGGGCCCUUGACUGCCGGCGUCAUCGGCACUACCAAGCUGCUUUACGACAUAUGGGGCGAUACGGUCAACAUCGCUAGCCGCAUGGACAGCACGGGAGUGGAGUGCCGCUUACAGGUUAGCGAAGAGAGCCACUGUGUGCUCAGCAGAAUGAACUACGCCUUCGAUUAUCGUGGCACUGUAAACGUGAAAGGAAAAGGGCAGAUGAGGACUUACUUGUAUCCCCAAACAAAUGAAGGCAGAUCGGGGUCCACUCAAAACCUGGAACAAGGCCAGGUGGACAGUGCCAUCGGGCAUUUAGAGCCCAACACACUCGCCAAUACAACAACUACAACAACAUCUGCUGCACCACUAAACCCUCCCUGCACCUCUCCCAAGGUUGCCUCUAUCAGUGUGCCUCAGGGCUCUGUAUUAGGCCCAUCUCAGAUUACAGAGAAGUUGCACCGAGACACUAAGGGCAACUCUCCUGCCCCUGAGCUCAACGAAAAGGAUUACGAGAGUCCUUACAAAGCGCCAUCGCUAAGUGGUACACAGCCUCCCUCGAUAACACAACUGUACGCGCCUCUAGCCAGACCAGAGACACCUUUACAAGCAGAGGAAGAUGAAGACGCAGAUGAGCGUACAAAGCUCAGGGCAGUGGAGUGAUUCAGAUUUCCUCCUUACCUCGGCUGACCUUCUUCAAGAGCCAAUCCCAGAUCAUUUUCAGGCUCUGCUUCCUUCAAGGGGCUUUUCCGACCACAACUGUUGGAGUUCCAUUGAGCAGCAUUAGCCUGUAUAGGGCAUAUGUGUUGAUAACGUGACCUAAAUAGAAAAAUGUGCGCGCUAAGCAUCUGCUGUGUGGAUCACAGUGUAGCACAGAGGGGGGAAAUGGAUGGAGUUAAUAUUUCUGAUGUUCUCCGAUUUGUUUUUGUUGUUGUUGUUGUUGUUUAUAAAGUGCCUUUACAAUAUGUAAGAUCUGUCAAAUGAACAAAUGAAAGGGAUGUUUGAACAAAUAUAUCGGCAUGGCUUUUUGAAAAGACGUGGAAAGUGAAAAAUGCUGUUUUUUUUUUUUUUUUUGGUAAUGUAUUCCACCUCUAAUGGCGUAUUAUUUUGUUCAUUUAUUUCAGUAUUUUCUUUUCCUCUCUCUUUGAUACAAAGUGAUCAAAAAGAAGCCAGUUGCUAAUUAAAUGACAGGAUUAUGUUUUUAAGUUAUUGUAAUGAAUAUACAGCUCUGCCACGUCGACGGUCACCUAUACACCGAUGAAAUAAAACCAAAGACGACAAGGGUAGAUGGAUAAAGAUGGGCUUCCGGCACUUCUUUCCACAACGCCCAUAUUAAUAUCACGUGUAUCUGGCAACAAACAAUGUAGCUUUUAUAAAAGAAAGUCAAAGUGGCUCAUGCAAAAUAGCACCCUACAUUCAUAAAAUGAGGAAAAACAGCCUUAUUUGUCUGAAUCGCAAUCAAGAAAGAUGGAAGAAAGCAUGCUGUGCGCUCUCUCCCCUUCAUUAGAGGACACAAGGGCUGGUGAUUGUAGUGCAUUCGGAAAUUCAGAGUAUGUUUGUUGAAACUGUUUGGUUUUUUUUUCGCAUAAAAUUUAGCCCCACAAUUUAACGUUUCUCAUAGACCGAGGGAACAUUUUACGAAAUGAAAUAAAUCAAAUUUUUCAGCACGCCGCAUACAAUAUUUAAAGAAUCUUACGAGCGCCACUGUGGUUUCUUCUCCUAAAUGUAUCCAGUAAACUCCAGCCAGCGAAGCCUUCCAACGAAGUGUUCAGUCGAACAGAUUGUGUAGCUGAAUUGUUUAUCAGUGCAUUUUAAUUCAUUUCAUUCAGUGCCUCAGAUCUUCCUAUCGGAAUCAGUUUUUCACUGUGAUCGUGCCAGCAGAGCCUGAGGUGGUAUCGCCAAUUCGCCAUAGUUUCAUUGAUCUCCGUGGGCUUGUGAUACCAGUUCGCUCCAUGGCCUUGUAGAAGGUUCUUGUGCUGCCAUAAGUUGGCGAGCGGCUUGCAAUUUUAUGCUUAUUUCUGCCUAAUUAUAAUUUUUUUUGAAUAUCAGAUUUUUUUGAGCGUGUCAAUUCUGUUUUGAUAGCAGCUCCUCGAAUUUUCAGUAGUUGUGCAGAGAUCUGAUUCUCUUUGCUUUUCGUUAUAAUCGUUUCGAGAAUAAUCUGCAGUAUCUCCUGCGACGCGUCUUACAUUUCAAUCAUCAAUCAAGCAAAGCGAUUUUAGUUUCUCCUUCUUUAGGAUCUGCGUCUUUUGCCGUCGUGUUUAACGAAUAAGCUGAGGUUUGAGGACAGAUUUCUUUCUUUAUUUCUGUUUACAGAGCAGUCUUUGGUUUGUUCUCAAAAAUGGGAAAAAAAAAAAAAUCCAGUGCCUUUUUAGUCUCUCUUUUCCCCCUCAGCUGUAACGCCACAUUUCUUCAGAGUCAGAAUAUCAGGAUGCAGCUUUCGGGACACCUACAAUAUUAUGUUAUUGUAUUAUAUUAUUAUUUCCUCUUUGAUGUGAAUUAUAAUUCCAGCCUUUUUUUUUUUUUUUUUUAAAUGUACACUGUGUAUCUUUAAAUGGAACUUUUCGGGAUGGAAAAGGGAUUCGAUUUAGCUGUUAAUUGUUUUAUGGUGCACUGCUUUCCAGCCGACACAUUCACCUUUGUGUUAUCGCAUCACUCCAUUGGCUAAAGAAGCCCAGUGCUGACAGUAUUGAAUUAUGAUUAAUUGUGCAUAAUGUAUGUGGUCGUGUAUUAAAUGCAUUCGUAUUUAUUGGGGCUGUGCAUGAAUCGGUGUACAGCCACACAGAGCCUAUUAUCAAAAGGGCAUAUUUAUGAAAGGGAGCCACUUAAAGCAAGGAGAAGUGGGUUUUCGCGCCCAGUUUCACCUAAUGUAACAAGCACCUAAGGCCUAACUCUUGCAAAGUGCCUCAGAUUGAGUUCUACUAAAGUUUUACGAUAUUUUAAAUAUUAAUGAAUUUGAUCUUGUUCUGCGUGCGAUUGUUCCCAUUUUUUUUAUUUUCCUUCACCACUGCCUGCAUUCUUGGAGCUUGGAGUUUUGAAAUCCAAGAAUUUAUUUUCUAUGUUGUUUAUUUUAUUUUAUUUUUUUUGCCAUUUUCACUGCUUCACAGUUUUGGUUUUGUAUAGAAUUGAACACAUUUUAAUUGGGUUAGAUCUAUUUGAGUGCAAAUCUAAAAACCAAUUUGUUUUGGUGCUCGAGUGUUGAAGACGUGCCCUUGAAUUUGACUUCACAUGCCUUUUAUUAACUGUGUAUUAAUUAUUUUUGUGCCGUAUAUGGGAAUUUGUGUAUACCAAAGAAUUUUAAUAGUGUGGGCAGAAGCUGCAAGACAGAGUUGUGGAAUGUGGGCAAUAUAUUGUUAUUGUUGAUUAGAUUUUUUUUUUUUUAUUAUUAUUAUUUUUUUUUCAGCAGCACAUGUUCUUCAAUAAUUUGUUCUUAUGCACAUGAGACACAGCGGGUAUUGAUUUAUUAGCCGUUAUAUUCAGGCAAAAAACAUAAUCUGUAUACAUUUGCACAGUGCACUCACUUUGUAUGUACAUAUCAUGUAAUGUUUUAUUUGAUUUUUAUGUUUUAAAAUUGACAAUACAUGUGCAUGUGCCAGAUUUCGAGAGUAGAGAAACAAUGAAAAGAUA